GCGUGUUGUUCGUUCUGUUACGUUGGAAGACUUAUCUACAUACAUAUAUUGACAAUUAAACUGUGCGCGAAAAGAGUUUUUAAUUAAUUUCGUUUAGAUUAUUUUCUAACAAGUUAUUAAUUUUUCACCGAUUGACAUCUCGUUUUUAUCAAGAAAAGUUAUCAAAUCCAAAUUAAAGAGAUUAUUUUUCAGCUAAUACAAGCAAAAAGAUGACUACUUGGAACACACCAGGUGCAGGAUACUAUCCAGGGCAACAAGGUUUUCCUUAUCCGCCACAAAAUCCUGGUUAUCCACCACCCCAGGAAGGAUAUCCACCUCCUUAUUCGGCUGGAAACAUUCCACCACAACCAGGAUUUAUACCACCACCAGGUGUACCUCCACCAGGUGUACCACCUUACGGUCACGUUCCACCUCCUACUGGAACACCAUUUGGUGUAACUCCACAACCAGGAAUGUAUGGGUCAAGCUAUGUGGAAGAUCCCUUACAAGAUGAAAUAAAGGGAUUUGAUUUUAAUGAUAAAACAAUAAGAAAUGGAUUUAUCAGAAAAGUCUACUCAAUUCUAAUGACUCAGCUAUUGAUUACCUUAUCAUUGAUAGCUUUAUUUCUGUACCACAAACCAACGCAAAAAUGGGCGAUGGCACACAGAGAAAUAUUUUGGAUUUGUUUUGUUGCGACCAUAGUUUUGAUCAUUUGUAUGGCUUGUUGUACCAGUGUUAGACGUAAAGCUCCGAUGAAUUUUAUCUUUCUUUUCCUAUUUACAAUAGCUGAGGGAGUCUUAUUAGCGAUGGCUUCAUCCACCUUCAAAUCGGAAGAAGUAUUAAUGGCAGUGGGGAUUACAGCAGCUGUUUGUUUGGCGUUAACAAUUUUUGCGUUUCAAACGAAAUAUGAUUUCACCAGUUGUCAUACUAUUUUAUUUAUAGCUCUGGUCGUCUUAAUAAUAUUCGGUAUUAUUGCAAUGAUCUGGCCCGGUAAAACCAUGCAACUGAUUUAUGCAUCACUGGGUGCACUUAUUUUCUCAUUCUAUUUAAUCUAUGAUACCCAAAUGAUAAUUGGUGGUAAACAUAAAUAUUCUACUUCUCCUGAGGAGUAUAUUUUCGCAGCAUUGAAUUUAUAUUUAGAUGUUAUUAAUAUAUUCUUGGAUAUCCUUACUAUUAUUGGUGCAUCUCGAGAUUGAAAUUAAGAAGAUAUCUGGAACAUUCCACUGUAUUAAAAUUCUCUACUAAACAACGCAUAGUAGGCUUUUACUUGUUAUCAUUUUGUUUUUCAACUCUAUAUUAUUUUUCCAAAGAGUAAAUAAUAAGUGAAAGAAGGGAAAAAAGUGUAAAGCAAAUCUUUAUUGCUACGGAGAAUUAGCUUUUACAUGUGUUUCUAUUUAUGGACAAAAGAAGGAACACACAAAAAAAA